AUGGCAACCGGACCUGGAGAUGAUGUGGCUGAGAAGCCUCGAGAGAAGUUGAAGAGAUCAAGAAAUGGCUGUAUCAACUGCAGAACAAGACGCGUUAAAUGCGAUGAGAAGCAGCCAGCUUGUGGGAGGUGCUCCUCUCUAGACCUGCCUUGCCACAAGCCUGAGCCUCCAAUUCCGCUCAAAAUCCGCAGACGUGGGCAUGGUCCUGUUAAAUCCAGAAACAUCCUACGUUGGGAGCCUCCGAGGCUGUUGCCGAAUUCAUGUACCCAACAAACUACCCCAGACUGCCAACCCGCAUCAUCCGCCAAGAUUACCAAUAGCGUAUCUAUCCGACAAAUCGACUCCCCAGCGGAUCCCGACAUCAUUAGCUCCCCUGCAGAUAUUGCAAAUGGCGUUCGCUCAUUGGAGAUCAUUGAGCCUAUAUCCUGGAGUAGUGAUAUGGAUGGUCUCAUUGCAUCACCUGGGGAAGAAGUAGCCAACCAGCUGACGACAGCCUCGGUCACGGCGGCCGGGCCAACCAGCCCCCUUCGCCAAGCAUUUGAUAAUAGUUUCAGUCGUAUGCUGGAUGGCCUUGUCGAGAACCCCCCUUCUCACGAAGAGGGAAAUACCUUCUUGACGAAGUCAUCAUUUCCCACGCAGUCGUUGAUUGCAGAGCCCACAGAUGCGUACUUCAAGCCUACAUGGUUGAAUAAUCCUGGAAUUUCUAGUAGCGGUUCUUUGGAUCCUUUGACCCAGCCCUUUUACACGUACACAGAGCCGUUAUUUCCGAUCAAGUAUAUGAAAGAGCAUUUCAAAUUCCAGCAGGCCACAACCUUACUGUCGCCCAAAAUGUCCUACGAGCUGGCCGACGCACUCAAUCUUAGCCAAAUCGAGAGGAAAGCUCUAGAUUAUUAUAGAGGCCACUUUUCAUACUUUCGAAGUGUCAAGGGGUUCUUAUGGUCAGAGUAUUCCAUCUAUCUUACCGCGGCGACUAACAGCAACAUGAUACUCCAUCUCAUCCUGGCAAUCUCUCUUCGAGGCCUGGCUAGAGAUACACAAGAUGCCAAUGCCUCGCGACUGAGCUCAGCCCACUUACACAAAGGACUUGUGCUCUUGCAUAAGCAGCUGGAAGGACAGAACAGUGAAAUCAUGGAAGUCAUGAUAUCCUUUUGGUUCUUGGCCUUGUUCACAAUGGAGAGUGACUCUGCAAUCGGCCGCAUCCAACGGCAAGAGCUAAGCAAGAAGGUGUAUCAAUACUCACGCGCAUACCUACUGGAUGAGGUCUGCGGUCCACCUAAUGCCAUCAUGGCUACACAGUCUUCUAAAGAAAACAGUGCGGCAAGAAUAAGCAUGGUGAUGAAAAUACUUUGUAUGAUUGCCAACUUGGAUGUGCAGCUUAACAUCUUUGGCUACGGCGGAGAGCUUUCCGACUUUUGCUAUGAGAAGGAUCGUAUGCGUCACAUACAGCAGAUGGCUCACAACUAUCUAGAGUUGAACCAUGGAAGGGAGUAUCCAUAUUGUGAGCUCGCCUACGAUAUUGAGAGUUCAGAAUGCGCCAGCGUGUACCAAGAUCAACACAGGCUCUAUCAUUGGAUAAACCAACUGUUUUGGUACGGAGUUGGUGACUAUCAAAGCAUCGAGAAAGAUAUAGAAGCACAAGAAGAGAAAUACCGAUCCUUCUUUCGAAUCGCUCAUCGCGAUGGUAUGGGGGACGACGACUAUUCCCGGCUACGCUUUCAGAUCGAUGCCGCCGUAUGCGAAUUCUACGCCAUUCGCCUAUAUCAUUUCCGCUGUCAGAGUGAGACACUGCCCGAUGAAAAGGUCCAGAACUGGGUCACAUCGUAUUUACAGAUUGCCUAUCGACUGCAGCAGUCAAAAGUCCGCUAUCACUGGAUUGACAAGUCUCUAUUUCUGGUAGGGUCUGAAACGCGGGAUCCGAUACACAGAGACUGGAUCCAGCGUCGAAUGCUCCGAGAAGACUUGAAGAGGGCAUUGAAGUGUGUAUGGCAGAAGGAGAAGAUGCUUAAACGACGACUCGGCCGUGAAGAGUUUCAGACAAUAUUGCGUGAUGAGGCUGAUGUAUAUGAUCCUGCCCCCACUACAAUAUAG